UUCAACAUCACAACUUUCCCCAAUGAACAAAAGGACAACGUCACGAAGUGGCUAGCCGAGGCUCGCACGACUGCCGGUGUCGACCUUUAUGCGCACUUCGCACACCGCUGCAUACUUAGCCAAGUCUACCCAGAACUAUCGAGUGCAGCGCAAACCCCCGGCUUCGUCACUCCCCGCGAGGUCUUUAGUCGUUGUUAUUUCAUUGGCCAGAGCGCUGUCUCGGCAUGGGCUUAUGACACAGGGGACGGGCUCGUUAUCUUCGACAGCCUCAACAACGCCGAGGAAGCCGAACAGAUUCUCAUUCCCAACCUCGAGGCUCUCGGGUUCGUCGGGACCGACAUUAAACACAUUGUCAUCACCCAUGAGCACUUUGGUCAUUACGGCGGUGCUCGCUGGAUACAAGACAACUUUCACCCCGCCACAUAUGUGUCUGCAGCGGCCUGGGAGAGUCUCGUCAAAGUAGAGAACGGACCGCUCAAGGAUAAGACCGUUGCGGAGGGAAACGUGCUCACGCUUGGCAAUGCCACGUUCAAGUUCUACGAAACGCCAGGGCAUACGCCAGGCACAAUUUCUACCAUUUUCUCCGUCUAUGACAAUGGGAUCGAGCACAAGGCCGGAUUUUUCGGCGGCCUUGGUGUUCCAAGCGAAGCUGCAGCCAAGAUGCAGCAGAUCGCUUCGUUAACCAGGUUCGCCGACUUGGGCUUGAAGGCAGGCGUGGACACCCUCAUCGCCCAUCAC